CACACUCCAACCCUGCUCACCUCUCAGCUGGACAGUAAGGGACAUUUACACCACACACUGACACCAUGCUGGGGAUCCUCUGCACUCUCAUCACUGCUCUAACAUAUGUUGAUGCAGUGAAGGUGCUGACCCAGACACCUGCUGUCCACACAGUUUCUACAGGACAAGAGGUUGUUCUCAACUGCAACAUUCAGAGAGAUGAUGGAUAUUAUGUCUAUUGGUAUAAACAGGUUCCUGGUGAAGCUCCUCAGUAUGUCCUGAGAUUUCAUCAUAGUCAAAGUUCACCCAGCUUUGGAUCAGGAUUCUCCUCAGACCGAUUCAACUCUAAAUCCUCAUCAAACAUAGAUUACCAGUUCAUCAUUAAGCGGUCAGAGGCAGGAGACUCUGCUGUCUAUUACUGUGAGACAUGGGACAGCUCUGCUUCUGUAGAUGUAUUCGGACAAGGCACCAAGCUGAUUGUGACAAGCUCCAGCCUCCCUCCUCCUGUCCUGACAGUCUUCCCUCCAUCCAGUGCUGAGCUCCAGUCCAGCAAAGCCACUCUGGUCUGUCUGUCCAGUCAGUCUGGUCCUUUUGCAGAUGUGAGCUGGUUGGCUGCUGGGAGUCCAGUGAGCAGUGGGAUCUCUACCAGCACCGCUGUUCAGCAACCAGACAAGACUUUCCAAAUCAGCAGCUAUCUGGCCAUCCAGACGUCAGACUGGAACAUGGAUAAGGUUUACACAUGUAAAGUGUCUUUGGGCUCCCAGACUUCAGAGAAAAACAUCAACAAGUCAGACUGUCCCACUGAAGAAUAGUAGAGGAGCAGAAUGAUCAUUUCAAACCUGCUUCUUUACUGUUUGUGCUGUUUGCUCAUUACAAGGUUUACAUGUUAGAAAAGAUGUGUCUGCAUGCUUGUAAUAAAUGAUGUGACAGUUAGGUGGAGGUGUCGUAUCAGCUUUGCAAUUCUUUCAAUAAAAAAUCUCUGAACAAAAACA